GUUGUCCAAAAUGUCACCUUACAUCGCUUGUGCAGUAUUCUUCUCCUGUUGAAAUGUUUCUUCGAGUGCAUAAUCCCCUUUUUUUUAGCAGGUUCCCAUGUGACGUCACAUUGUGAACAACAUGUCCCAAAAGGUCAAGAUGAGGUCAGAGAACGGUACUUUUUUCUGAAUAUAAAGAGUGGAAUAUUUUUGUGGUAAAUAAAGUUUGCCAUUAAAUUUGACAUUAAAAAUCAACCUACCGUGAGAAAUAGAACAGGCCCCACUAAAGAGGCGGAGAAAACCCCUCACCUUAUUCUACAUCCUUCCUCUUCAGUCGUUUCAUUUCUCUCUGGCUUCCCUCAAAACCACCUUCAAAUUCAUUCAGAGGUCAAUCGAAAUCUAAGAGACCAGCUUCGACUCAACCUUUGUUAUUUCGCACGCCUUUCUCUUCAGAAACGCGAACAUGUGUUCGAACUGGACCAACUCGUCUUGUAUAACCGCUGAUCUCGAACCUUCGAACCGGUACCUGGCGUCGGCAGUGGUGUAUGGUCUGGUUCUGGCAGUGGGUCUACCGCUCAACACGCUGUCCCUGUGGAUCCUGCUGCGCUCUCACGGGUUCCGGUCACCGUGCGCCGUGCUCAUGGUGAACCUCGCGGUGUCCGACAUGCUCCUCGCGCUCUCCCUGCCACUGCGCGUCUACUUUUACGCAACGCUCAAGUGGCCGUUUGGAGCGGCCACAUGCACCGCUGCCUUAAUGUUGUUUCGCGUGAACAUCAGAACGAGCAGUAUCUUCAUCACUUUGAUCAGCGUGGACCGGAUGAUCGCCCUCGUCUUCCCUCUGCGCUCCCGGUCCUUGAGAACCCCCGGGUGCGCGCUGAAGUGCUGUGCGGUCGUGUGGAUCCUCCUCACCACCCUCUGCAUCCCAGAGAUUAGAAGACUCUAUGACGCCCUGAAGGGGUGUCCAAAAAUACCGUGCUUUGAGAUUCAAGUGCACUCCAAAAGCUCGCAUGUCGUCUCGAUCUCACAGGCGAUAUUUUUAUUAAUACUCCUCCUGGUCAACAUCGUCUCCACGGUCGUGGUCGUUAUCGUUCUGAGGAAGCGUCCCAGCGCUGGAGCGGCCAAGGUGAACAACAAAAUGAACGUGAUAAUGAUUUUUAUAGUCAACAUGUUGGUGUUUGUGAUAUUUUUCAUGCCGUUUACUUUACAUCUCUUGACAUACACUGAGGACGAUUGCGGGGAGUCUUUACUUGCGCUCGUGUGCCUGGCGAGUGUCAACUGCUGUCUGGAUCCGCUCAUCUACUACUUCUCUCUGGACUCGUUCUGGCAGGACAAGGGGAAAAGACAAACGGAAGCAGGCACUCAUUCCCUCAGCAGGUCGAUGGAAAGGUCUUAACAGUUAGGAUAAACAAUGGCCUUCCACGGAGCCCACAACAGGACAUUGAGAUGGAUGAAGAUGGAAGGAAAGAUAUAUUACUAUGUUUUUGAGCUCUUUCGCAAAAGAAAGCUCUUUCUCUUUUGAGCUCUUUCUCGUUCCUCUGAGAAAAAAUGCGUUUGCUCGCAAAAGUAUCGAAUAAGAGUGAAUUGCGGGCAAAUUGGGACACUUUUGAGAUGAAUGUAGUCCUGUAGUCUUUCUCCGGCGUUGUUUUGUUUACAAGACGAAAGUUUUGCGAAGGAACACAAUUUCUCGAUGGAACGCAAACGUUUUUCGAGAGCGCAACCCUUUUUUCCCUCACCAUCAAGCCCUUUAAACCAUACAGGAAGGAUAAAGUAAAUAUAGAUGGUGUUCAAACUUACCUGGACACUUUAUGAGUAUCAAAUGUUAGUGGAACAUGUUCUUGGUUAAUGUGGCUAACUACUUCCAUGGUUUAUCUUCCAGAACACCUGUUUGAACUUGAAAACUUAUUUCAUUCUUCCACUAAAAUGUUCCUGAACAGGAUAAACUGCAGAGUUAUUAGCAUAUUUUGUUAAAAUGUCCCAUUUAAAUUUCUAAAUGUGCACUUUUGUCUAUUGAACCCGUUAGGUAAGUGACAUAUUAAUUAUACAUAUAAAUCAUUCAAUACUUUUUUAUGUACUUUAAAUCUAGGGUUAUCUGUGGUGAAGCAUCAUGUAAAGACUUUCAGAAUGUCUAUAAUAAAAAAAAGUGUUACAUUUUGGUGAUACUCUAUUAAACAUGGUUUAGUUUUGUAUGCUUGUUUAUUUUUAGAAUGAUGGCUAAUGAAACCACAUUGAGGCUAUGCUUUUUUUUCCACUUCCUGUGAUGCUGGUGAGAAAACAUCCACUCACUUUCGAUGCGGUUUUGUUUUUUUGCAUUUUGCAUUUUGUCUUAACAUUUAACAUUUCAGAGGAACUUCCAUGUGCAUCUUUUGCAUUGUCAGUCACAAAAACAGAAACUUACAUUUACGCUGUGUCUGGUUACAUCUAAAUGAGUAAUCAUGAAUGUCUCUGAGGUCAUCUGGGGAUGCUGAUGCUUAAAUAUUAUAUAGGAAUAUUGGCUUUGGAGAACAUUAAGAUAUUUAAGAUGAUAACUAACAUAUCAAUUUUUUGUCAUCAUCAUUGCUAUCAUAGAUGUUUACAGUUGAGGUGGUUUCUUCAUAUGGCUGCAGUGGUUUAUACAGUAUUGUGAUAAAUGUGUCUGUUGUUGAAUUUGCCAUCAUUAUUGUCAGAUGACAGAAAUCUGCUUAUUUUGUAUAGUUGAUGUAGAUGAUUUCAAAGCACUUUUUUUGUUCUGUCAUCUAAAACAUUUAAAAAUGGACUUUUUAACCACAAUAUUGAAUUUAAAAGAGUUUUUGUAUAACAUGUAAUCAUGAAUCUGAGGUUUCAGUGAUUCUUCAAGUGUCUUUUCUCACUGUUGUCAGUUGAAUCUAUUUUUAUAUGUUAUAUUAAA